UGCGAAGAGUAUAUUAUAUGACAAAUGUUAGUUCAAUGGAAUGCAGUCUGAGUGGCAUCCAUUUUCUUCGAAUUGGUUGUAGGUUUUGAGCACGUGUACUAAAGAGAAGGUAGAAAUUGUGAUCGCAAUUCAUUAACAUUGAAAGUUCUUUGUGUUAAUAUAAGUAGUAAGUAUCAGUAUAGUGUUGAACUGGUUUGUAAGGGCAGGGAAUUAAAAUGAAUCAAGAAAAGUUAAAGAAACUUCAAGCCCAGGUUCGGAUUGGAGGGAAGGGUACACCACGCAGAAAGAAGAAGGUAGUGCAUGCUACUGCCGCAACUGAUGACAAGAAACUUCAGAGUUCCUUGAAGAAGCUGUCAGUAAAUACAAUCCCGGGUAUCGAAGAAGUUAAUAUGAUUAAGGAUGAUGGCACUGUCAUCCAUUUUAAUAACCCAAAAGCCCAAGCAUCAUUAGCAGCAAACACUUUUGCCAUUACUGGUCAUGGGGAGAACAAACAAAUUACCGAAAUGUUACCAGGAAUUUUGAGCCAGCUAGGACCAGAAGGUUUAACACAGCUAAAACGCCUUGCAUCUAAUGUGGCAAAUAGUGCUGCUGGUGUGAGAGCGAGUAUUGAAGAGGAUGAUGAGGUUCCAGAGCUAGUGGAGAACUUCGAUGAGGCAAGCAAGGAAGAAGUUCCUGUUAAUAUUGCAGAAAAGGAAGACAAAGGAAAGGGGAAAGAAAAUGAUUUGGUAUCAGCUGGUUCAGGUGAAGAGACAAAGGCGGAAAGACUGAAGGAACCUCUGUCAUUGCAAGACUCCAAGGACAAACAGAGCAACUAGGAAACAGGGCACCUGUUUGCAUACCAUGAAGAGUAGCUGUAGCCAAGAAUCUCCCAGCCUUUGUCUUCAUGGACUGUCUCGAUGUACACCGUACUGCAUCACCUUAAGAGCAGAUUUGAAUAUCCAAAUCAUGUUUACUGUAUGUGAACUUAAUAGGUUACAAAUAAAGUUGGGAAGGUUUGAACACAUUAAACAUGUUUUAGGUUUUGUAUGCUGACUUGAUUUCCCCCCUUUUAUGUUGAAAUAAUGUCUACUAGCCACCUAACGUUUAGCCAUGCAUAAAUACUUUCUUUUUUGGGAAGUUGCUUUCCACAUUGCAGCCUUGUGUACAGCAGUUGGCUUCAUUUGUGACCAGUUUGAAUUUUUCUCAUUUGUUUAUAAUAUUUGAUCAAAAUAAAAAUUUAAGGUAGAAUUGUUUA